AAUGGCUGCGCCCUUGCCAGCAAUGCUGUCUUAAUGUUGUCGUAGGGGAUGAGAGUGGAGCACCGUUUACCCAUUAAUCAAAGCCGUGUUAGAUGAGCCUCUCCAAGCAGGCCGAAUUAAAAACAUGAAGACGUUUUGUGGCCGGGCCAAUCCUACCACCGGAGCCCUGGACUGGGUUGAAGAAAGCGAAGAAUAUGAUUAUCAUCAGGAGAUCGCCCGGUCCUCGUAUGCAGAUAUGCUUCAUGACAAAGAUCGGAAUGAGAAGUAUUUCCUGGGCAUUCGGGCUGCUGUGGCGCGCGUGCGGGCUCGGGGCCAGCGGGCUGUGGUGCUGGACAUUGGCACGGGCACCGGACUUCUGUCCAUGAUGGCCAUCAGCGCGGGGGCGGACUACUGCUACGCUGUGGAGGUCUUCAAGCCCAUGGCUGAGGCAGCACAGAAAAUCGUGCAGAAGAAUGGCUUCCGGGAUAAGAUCAAGAUCAUCAAUAAACACUCCACCGAGGUCACAGUGGGGCCAGAGGGUGACAUGCAGACACGAGCCAACAUCCUGGUGACAGAGCUCUUCGACACGGAGCUCAUCGGAGAGGGGGCCCUGCCCAGCUACGAGCACGCUCACAAGCACCUUGUGCAGGAGGGGUGCGAGGCAGUGCCCCACAGAGCCACAGUGUAUGCCCAGCUGGUCCAGUCUGAGAGGCUGUGGAGCUGGGCCCGCCUGCUGCCCAUGCGAGUGGGCAACCACGAGCUGCUGCCGCCCCCUGAGGUGGGGCUGUGUGCUGGGGCGCCCGCGGUCUGCGACAUCCAGCUGAGCCAGGUGCCCCCCUCACAGUUUACCCCCCUCAGCCCACUCUGCACCGUGUUCAGGGUGGAUUUCAGUCAACCAGUGAGCAGUGCCCCCCAGUGGCACAGCGCCAGCUUCACAGCCCUCACCACGGGCCGGGCACAGGUGGUCCUGUCCUGGUGGGACAUUGACAUGGACCCGGAGGGCACUAUCACCUGCACUAUGGCUCCGAGCUGGACGUACCCCGACUCAGACACAUACCCGUGGCGUGAUCACUGGAUGCAGUGUGUGUACUUCCUUCCGGCGGAGGUGCUGCUGGCAGAGGGAGAGAAGGUCAACCUGACGGUUAACCGUGAUGACUACAGUCUCUGGUACAGCCUGCGCAAACACAGUCAAGAGGGCGGUGACAAUGAGCUGGGUGUGUGCAUACCACGCUGCACCUGCCAGGCGCAUAUGGUGUGGACGAGGCCGCGAUUUGGAGAGCUGAACGAUCCCCACAGGACUGAGAGCUACAUCCAGGCCCUGCGCAGCGUGCUGCGCCAGGACAGCGUGUGUCUCGGCGUCAGUGACGGGAGCCUGCUGCCCGCGCUCGCUCAUCUCCUGGGAGCACGGAAGGUGUACAGUCUGGAAAGCUCAACGAUGUCUAAGCAGGUGAUCGAGCGGGUCCUGGAGGCCAGCGCCCUGAGCGGAGCAGUGGAGGUUCUGGAGAGUCGUCCCGAGCAGCUCACCGUCAGCAGUGUGGGGGGGAAUCAGAUCUCUGUGCUAUUCGGAGAGCCCUACUUCAGCACCAGCCUCCUGCCCUGGCACUCCCUGUACUUCUGGUACUGCCGCACCGCCCUGGCAGGGCUCCUGCACCCAGAUGCCACCGUGAUGCCACGCUCGGCCUCCCUGUGCAUGGCAGCCGUGGAGUUCAAGGACCUGUGGCGGAUCAGGGCUCCGUGUGGGUUGUGCGAGGGGUUUGACGUCAGUCCCAUGGAUGAGAUGAUACAGCGCUCUCUGGAUUUUCGGGAGUCCCGGGAGGCUGAGCCUCACCCCCUGUGGGAGUACCCCUGCAGGGCCCUAUCCCAGCCACGCGAGGUCAUGACCUUUGACUUCCGACUCUGUGUGCCCGAGCAACCAAUGAAGAGCCAAGGAUCAGCAGCGCUUGUGCGGAAGGGUAGGUGCCAUGGAGUGGCCUUGUGGAUGGAAUACCACCUGACUGACGACAUUACUGUGAGCACAGGCCUCACAGGGCUCCCCAGUGAACAGGGCACCUGUGAAUGGAGCCCCCACCGGAAACAAGGUGUGUAUUUCUUCAGUUCCCCCUGGGACAGUGAAGGAGAUGGCUGUGACUCUGUGAGCUAUACUCUGACCUUUCACCCCCACAGUGGAGACAUUGCUAUGGAGUUCACCCCUACAGCUGCACAUUGACCAAAGACUGUUUUUAAUAAAGGAUUUUAAAAUA